UGUUCUGUUUUGGUUCUCUGCCCGGCAAGCCACACACGCAGGGCGCGCGACGACGACACACCGCACCAAACCGAGUGGGCCUUUGCUUCCUAGUACUGGGAGAGGCUUCCAGACGACGGGCACCAAAACACCCCUGUGGACGACGCGUAGCACGGUGCGCGGCUCGGCACUGCUGCGGCUCCGGGUCAGCGACAGUUUGGCAGGCCGCCUCGCACGGAGUGUGUCAGUGACCGUGUGCUCCGCUACACUGCUCUACUGCUGUUUCGUUGCCAUCCACACUCCCCCUCCCCACCAACCACCCCGUCCCCACAGGCGCCCCCUUUCGCGGCGUACGUCGGCGUGUUUGCUCGGGGACGAGCGGCGCUAGCACGCCAGUGAGCCCCGCGAGUCAGGCGGAACGGUACCGCGGAAGCACGCCGGCCUCGACGCCACCAGGAUCCAGUGAUCUGUGAUACCACAUUGCGCAUAGUGAACGAUACCAAGUGUUUGUUAGUGUGUGUGUGUGUGUGUGCGAGUGUGCUACACCUACGUCCAGUGGUGGUUUAAUAUUUAAAGAGAGUGAAGCAGAGAAGAAAGCUAAGCGGGCCGAAAUUAGAUAUAUAAAAAAAAAACGUUAGCGUUCGCCGCCGCGCGCGUGCUGGUGUGAAUAUAUAUUUUAUUGUAUACAGGAGUUGCGUGUGCGCGGGUGUGUCUAGUGCUUUAACGACCAAUUGAAAAUCGAGUAAGAAGCCGGGAGUUUCUUGCUGUUUUUCGUGCAGCAUUUUCAAAAUCCUCAACAUGCGAGCAGCCGCGACCAAGGGCUGCUGUUUGACGGCUACCGGUGUGCGUCGGCUAGCUGGCCGGCAGGGCUGAAUCGUCCGAACCGCGGCCAAACGUCCAGGGGAAAAUCGACCGUAAAGCGUUCAUCGUCCACACACGAUCAAGCAUGGGCCCCGCUGAGCGAGUGCCAUCGUCGACCCGUAAAACCCGACGGUCCCUGCGACACUGCGCCCGUACCGAUGCCGUGAUUUGAGCCGUCCGUAUCCCGCGUCCCAAAUCCACGAACACGAACAGAGAAAGAGAGAGAGAGGGAGGCAGAAGGCUGGUGCAUUUUCACGUGCGUACGUGCGCCACAAAUCGGGUGUAUAAUUGCUGAUCUGUUGUUGCGCCGAACGCACCGCGAGUGGCUAAACGCACCACACAAACACACCCGGCAGCGAGCGAUGGGACGCCGGCCUGCCACCGCCAGCAGCCACCGGUAACGUAGCGCCCCUUUACUCCCAGCCCGCUCCCUCCUCUCACAAAAAAAACCACGCUCUUCUCACGCUCGGGACCUGCCUACUGCGGAGCCACCAAGAAGGAACGAACGAAAGAAAGGAAGCAUCCAUCCCUCAUCCAGACCAACUCGACAACAGAUUGACACCGUCCAACCAGCCGGCGCACCGGGCUAGGAAAUAGACACACACACACACAGAAAGCAAUAGCCCCGCUCCUGUCAUUCCCCGUUUCCCUCGCUCCCACUUUGGAUGUUGGAAGGCGCCAUCUUGUAGUAGAGUAUUCGUGUCCCGGCAGGUAGUGCCGGAAGACGCUCUGGACCACUGCGAGAACCGAUUUGUGAUUAACUAGCGCUGUUUUCUCUUUGUUGUGUGUGUGUGUGUGUUGGCAACCGUACCGAAGCAAGGUGCAGCGAAGAAUAAGAGAAGCAAACAGAAGACGAAGAAAGCGGAACGAUACACGGCUCUCUAGAGGGAGGAGAAAGAAGAAUAAAAGAAAGCAAGCGGAAGAAAAGCAACAGCAAACAAAUGGAGAGAACUCAACUACCGAAACUAAACUACUAUUACCGCAACAGUUACUACUAAUUGCUACCUACUCGCAGCAUACUAUUUUAUAUCGAUAGCUAGUAACGCCCUCCUACCCCAACACGCAAACGCGCUAGAGUGUUGGUGGGCAAACUACAAACACAAACAAACAAACCGAACGGAACAAUACGGAAAUCCAAAGAUUAGCGAUUACUAGCUACUAAGGCUUUACUAGGCGGUACAGACGGUGUUUGCGCCGCUUGAAGAUAUAAAUUAAUAAAAAAAAGCAUCUAUAUUUUUACCUUGAGCAGGCGGAGACAUCAAAGGGGCUCUCGCAACAGCCCCAGCCGUAACUCCCUUACUGCUCCCCCAGCGUGGACGGAAAGUCAGAAUAAUAAUUGCAACUAAAAAGCUUUAACGAUAUCGAUAUCACACUACACUUAUUGCUAGUAUGUAAGCUAUUGACGCCUGUAGGUCAAAGCCGUGCUGUCUGUGUUCUUGCCUGCGCUGUUUGCAAACCCCUACACAUAAGCGGUAACGGUGUGUGUUACCAGCGAGUGGAAGAAUCCGGUGUCGACGGCGCAACACGUCUAGCGUCGCUUCAAGACGUACACCGCACGGAAGCCACGUGCCACAAUCACGGCACGGAGCGUGACGGCUGAGUCGACGCAGUGCUUGCUUGACCCGUAACCGCGCCGGAGUGAACCUGCCAACCGCUCGGG